AUGUUUGUUCGAUAUUGUAAGCCUUUAAAACAUUCGCGUAGAUGUUACUCUACAUUUGAGACUCUAGGUAUUUCACCUGCCACUUGUCAAAAACUGAAAUCAAACUUUAAUAUAAUACGUCCAACCCUGGCCCAGGAACAAUUUAUUCCUCUAUUGCUCGAAGGCAAACGCGAUAUACUAUUACGCGAUAAUACAGGAACGGGAAAAUCCUUUGGUAUAGCUAUUACGUUAGCUUCGUUGAUUCCUAGCGAAGUCAAGGUUCACAAAAGUGUUCAUUCCAUCUACAUUGCACCCAACCAAGAACUUGCUCUGCAGAUCGGUCAUUGGAUACAAAAGUUGACAGAUACGCCUAAUGUCAAGCUGUGUGCUGGUUUGUCAGAAGAAGAAUAUUCGACCAUACCGCAUACAGUUAUAGGUACACCAGGGCGCAUAUUGGAUAUUAUAAAUGAAGGAAAGUUGCCAACCCAUGCAUUCGAUCGUCUCAUUAUAGACGAGGCUGAUCAAGCUUUUGCACUACCUAAAAGAUAUGCUCCGGUGCGGCAACAAAACAAAAGAGCAAAACAUCCCAAACCAGCACAGCUCCUGUUAGACAAACUACUGCUGGAAAGCAAUAAUAACCAAAAGAUAAAGCGUCAACUGAUGGUAGCAUCAGCGACACUAAAUAGACCUUUGCGUCACUUUGUUACUUCUCAAAAAGGAUGGCUUCGUUCAGAUCCUUUAUUUGUGGAUAUCUCCAAGGGAACUAGGAUGAGUGAAGUAGUCCCUGUCCAACAUCAUUGUCUUUUAAUAUCAGAUGAUGCUAUUCGUAAUCUUCAAACCGAAGCCAAACAAGAAGAGAAAGCGCCUAGUGUGGAUUUUGAUGAUACAGACGAUCGCAUGAUUGAUAGCAUUGCUGCAUUACAGGAAGUAGAGCCUGUUCGUAAUGGCAUCUUAUUUAUCGAUUCAGCCACGAGUGUUGAAAAACUAAGAGACAAAUUGGCUUCCUAUAACGUAAAGGCACUGAACAUUAAAGACUACGCUCAUCAAGCGCAACAGCAGCAUGACGAAAAAUCAAAUUCGCUAUGGAUUGCAACAGAGUUCUCAGCAAGAGGUAUUGAUAUACCCAACGUUUCUCAUGUGUUUAUUCUGGGACAACCGUCAUCGCCAGCUUCCUAUUUACAUAUGGCGGGUAGAACCGGUCGACUUGGACCUGAGGGUUUUAGAAGUGGCAAAGUGAUCAGUUUAAUCCGUGAGCAAGGAUGGACUGAAGCCAAAAUGGCCAAUAUGUAUAAACUUUUAGAUAUCCCUCUUAAACAAUAUGAAUAUGUGCAAUAA